CCUACAUUUUCAUAUAAAUAUUAUUAGUCUCGUAGUCUCCCGUCCGUUUAAAUUCAAGUAAUAUCCCUGUGUUAUUAUUUUGACCCUCGUUUCAGUUUCCAAACUUCGUUUUCCAUUCAUUGACAAUGUCUGAGAAAGCAAAGGAGCUGAAGACCGAGGAGACAGAAGGAGCGAGGGUGAGAGCGCUGAAGGAGGCCUUAAAUCACAGUGUGGAGAAAAUCCUGGGUGGUUGGAAAGCUUCACUGUUCGCCAAAUGUUUCCCUUCUCUUUCGACUGACAAUGAGGCUGUCCUGGAAGCCAUUCGGGUGUCGGUGGUGGAGGCUGUGCGCAGGGCCAUAUAUGAGGACAUCGGAGGGAUCAUUGAGGAGGAGGGUAUUGCUGGGCCACUGGAGGAGCUCAGUGCCUUGGUUAAGAAUUAUGCUGGACCCAAGUAUGCCAAGGCUUGGAGGCCAAGUGGGGACCCUGUAGCUGAUGCCCGGGCACAUGAUGCCAAGAGAGAUUCAGAGCAGUUUGUCAACCCUGAAGGAGCUCUCUGAUGUGUGUGGCAGACUACAAAAAGAGAAGAGAAUUGCUUUCUGCAAUAGCAUGUUAUUUGGUGUUGACAUUCCACAUGAUGUAGUAGAGGGUAAUUCUGUGUAGGUGUUACUCUCCCUGGGGAUCAAGAGAUCAGUGUGU